GACAGCCCACUUCCACAUCUAUAUACCUGAGAAUCAGAACUCACAUUACAAUCAAUAUUUCCACUUUGAUGUUCUCAAUAUAUCCGAUGUUUUCCUUUGACACGAUUAACAAGCUUUUCCCAACCGCUCAGCAAUGGAGAUGGUAUGGUAUUGCUGCCAUAUCUCUCAAAUUGUAUGGGAGUCAUACGGUGUGGCUUCUGCAAGCACAAAUCAUUGGCGAAUUACAAGAUGAAGACGCAAUAUCAUUCAAGAAGAUGGCAUACGAUGAGUGUACCAUGAUCGCUGUAGCUGCUGCAAUUGUUGCCCAGAUUGCUAUUACAGGAUUAUCGUUGGAUUCUUUAAACAAGACUCACUGGACAACAAAAUCUUGUUUUGUGAUGAGUCUAACCUUUGCUUUGGUAUCGGUAUACUAUUCCGUUACUCAGCAAAGAAUUCUCGGUCGAUUGAUCAAAGCAAAAGACGUUCGUCAUUGGAUACGGGGGAGGAAACAGGCAGUCAACCGGAUAUUUUCGAUGGAAGUCAGUUUCAAGCUUGAUCCUUGCGAACCCGACGAUUACUCACCAGAGGACUUGAAUAUUCGUGAUUUCAAGAGGGAUUUUGAAAGACAAUGUUUCCUCCCGAGCCCUCUAUCCGUCAUCACCCUUUCAGCUCCUCAGAUGUUGCUGUCCGGUUCUCUUUCUCUGCUUCUUAUCGGUCUGGGAAUAUAUCUGGGUAAAUUCUGGAUUCGUGAGCUAGAUCCUACGGAACCAGCUGCCGAUUCGAGAAAUGUCUUCAUAUUGUACUUUAUUGGGCUAUAUUUUUCUGGCGGUAUGUAUGUGGUUUUGGGGUGGUUCCAUGGCAGUGAUAAGCGUUCGGAAUCCGAAGUCAUCGACGGGUAUGUGAACAGAUACUUAUCUAGUCACGCUGAUGUGUUGUCUCGAUGGAAUGUUGACCGUCAUUGGGGCUUUCAGGAUGGGAUUCUGAAGCCGAUUUCUAGCACAGAAAUCGACAACACUUCCACUGUCGUGCAGAAUGAGAUGGAGGGGAUGAACAACGUCUGAAAGUUAUUGGUGAAAAUUAGGAUAAGAGGAUUGCGUGAAAACUCACUUGGAAUAAGAAUGAUGCUGAAGUUAAAUUGACUUUAGAAAGGUGGAUAAUCAAAAUGACCAGAAAAAAUAUGCUGUGUGAUAAUGAAAAGAGCUGAUCUCACGCCUAGGCGUGUGGUUAAACAGACAAGUUUCUCAAGGUAUACACCAGCAUCUUAAAGUACCUCACUUCAUGAUAUUACUCAGAAGUUCGACUCAAAAUCUAGAGACAAAUUGCUAAAACUACAAGCAUAAUCGACCGGAUAAGUGGAUUGCCCUCACUCAUACAACAAUCAUUUGAUUGAUGUUCAAAUUGAAUGUCUAAAUGUCCUUUAGUCCUUGUUUCAGCAAACAAGCUGCAGAUUCUUCAAUCUGCCAUGGCAUACCAUUCA